AUGACAGGGGACUUUGGCCGGCUCGACUGCCUUCUGGGGUCGAGCAGCUCCGUGGUCGCGCGGCCGACCGGCCAACCAGGGCCCAUUUGCACUCGGCCUGCAUCACCUUCCGGGCACCACCGGCGGUUGGGCGUCUUCGUGGAAGAAGAGGCGGUUGCAAGCUUCCAGUUCCGGCCUCUGGCAGCAUCCGAAGCCGGCUCGAGGCCGUCCGAAGAACCGAUUCCGCCGGCCGCUCGUCUCCUCCUCCUCGGCUCGAACGGCGGCGCUUCCGGCGCCAAGGUCGGUCGGACAGAAGUGUCCGAGGCGCCGCCCCGGAUAGGCUCGAGACAAACUGUCUUAGGCCGGAUCGGUUGUUCGAGUUCGGUCAGAGGCCUGAACAGGAGCCACUCGGAGACGGGAUCUUCUUCGAUCCCCCUCGCAACCGGCCACUUUGCCGCCGCCGAAUCUGCCCUGACCCUGCCCCAUUCGCCCCCGCUGGCCAUCGACGGCCUGGCGGACGAGCCUCUGAUUGCCGGCAACCCGAUCCUGAUGACCUUGCCUCCGACGGACGCCAUCUCGCCGGUACCGCCAGUUCGCACGACCUCUUUGCAACGGUCGCCGUCGCCGUCUCUGCUCUCCACAGACGCAUCGGCUGUUGACUACGGCGGGCCCGAGGUGGGCGACAGUCCGGACUCAGUCGACGCCGCGGAUGACAAAGCGUCGCAUUCUCGGCCUGAAAGUGUAAGUCCACUUGGUUACGGAGAAACUAUGCCCUUAACAAAAUGA